AAAAAAAAAAAGAAUGAAGACAGACUUGGGUUUAAAUCUAAGCUCUACCACUUAAAUCUUGCUUGACCUUGAACAGAUUUAACUUCUCAAUGUCUUGACUUUUUUGACUUUAAACUUAUUAGGGUUGUGAGGACUAAAUGAGAUGAUUCAAGUAAAGUGAACAUAUAGUAAGUACUUAAUAAAUAGUAACUAUUUUUAUAGUUACCUGGCCUAUUAGGCUGGGACAACCAUUCUGUGCCAUGCUGGUGAGUUAUUUUGUGGCAGGAGGCUCCAUGGUGGCCCUUAGUACAAUUCACAUAGGCUAUAGUUUGAUGAACAUUUAUGGAGCACACUUGUUUCUGGGGCAAGGACUGAGGCCAUGGUUAUGUUGACAGACUUCCCCUCUUUAUCCCCAGUCAGCCUGCAAAGGGAGAUGGAUAUCCUUGAGGACUGGUUCAUCUAAUUCUCUCUCCACAUGAUUAAAAAAGUACUUUUAAUAUUUUUCUCCACCUAGAGAUCCCUCUCUUCUCUAUUCCUCAGCACCAGAAAGGGACUUUCUCUAACCCCAACCUAUUCUUCAAAAAGCCUGUUACCUCUUUCUUCCUUUGAAGCAGAGCCAGUUUGAGAAGCAACUGUAGAAACACCAGACUCUCCUCAGACACACAGGUGUUGCUUUCUUCUCAUCGUUGCUCCUUUGUUCCUUUAUUCAUUCUUUUGUUCAUUCACUCAUCAGACAUUAAGCACCUAAUAUAUGCUAGGCAAUUUGAAUAAUAUAAAAUGCAACUCCUACCAUCAAAGAGCCCAGUCUAGUAGGGGAAACAAACAUGUAAACAUAUAAUGGAAAAUACAGAGACCUGGUUGCUAGAUGACAUAUCAGUAUUAGAAAUGUGUCGCACACAAGAGGCACACUUUUUUAGGUGAGGUUGGAGGGAUUUUAAAAGUUUACAGAAAAAAAAAAAAAGUCUUGAGGGGCCACCAAGUGUGAGAGGAGGCAUUCCAGGGAGGAUUAAUCACCAGUCGGGAAGGGAAUUGUAGUAGAUUAGAGCAGCCUGAGCAUUAGACUGUUUGUGAAAGUAGUGAGAGAUGAGACUUGAACAGGCAGAGUGCAGCUCCUGAAGAGCCUAGUAAACCACGUUAAGAACUCUGAACUUUAUCCUGUAGGCUUUCAUAUGCAUUUGAGUGUGCUCUCUCUGACUGAAGGGAGGAGAAAAGAGAGACGGGUAGACUGACUGUUCAAGCACGAAUUGCUGAGAAUCUGAAUUUAAAGGGCAGUGGAAAUAGUGAAGACAGUUUUGUGAGUAUUUUUGUGGAAGGGAAUGCUUAAAAUAAAAAAAAAAAUCGCUCUUCUCCCUGUGCCCUUUUCUAACGUAGAGGUGCGUUGGGAUAUUAGGCCUGGUUCCCUUUCUCCACGUUGCGGUGGGUCGUGCAUCAUCCACGUUCAGUCCUUUGCUCGGCACUACAAUCUCCUCCCGUUUCCAAACUGCUCUCUUCAAAUCCUUCUUUGUGCCCGGGUUUUUGGCCGCGGAAUGGUGGGAGGAAGCAGAAGUAACUAAGUUGGCAAACGUCUCUGGAUAGAAUCAAAUCGUCGUCACCAGUGGUUAAAUGCGACAGUUGCUAAGAGGCGUGCACGCCGGGAGACUCCUGCGGCUGCGCUCCGGGGGGCGGGGCUGAGGCGGGGCUUGGGGUGGAGCCGCAGCCUGGAACUGCGGGGAGGGGCGGGGCGGGGCAGGGGGAGGAGUUUUAGCCGGAGCCCGGGUCUGGGGACUUGGGAGUCCCUUUUGCGAUUGAGCAGGUCGGAGCUGGGGGUGGGUUCGGUUUGGGAGGGUGAGGUUUGAGACCAAGCCCCCGCGGGGACUGCAGGAUUUUUGCCUCCGCAACGGCGGAGUGCGGCUGGGCCAGGGGCGGAGUUUUAAGCCCAGCCCUCGGAUUCUUGCUUCUGAUUGAACGGGGUGGGUCCUGGGGCGGGUCCCGGUUUGCUUUUGACAGCUCUCUUACACAGCUGCAGACGAGUCCGGUGGGUUCAGGAACUUGUGACCCCGCUCUCCGCGCGUCCCCGUCCCCCCGCGGCCCCGGCCCCGGCCAUGAAGCGCAUCUUCUCCUGCUCCAGCUCACAGGUGGCGGUGGAGAGAUGGAACCGCCGUGAUCAGAAGCUUCUGGAGGCAGUGCAGCGGGGGGACGUGGGAUGCGUGGCUGCUCUGGCCUCCAAGAAAUCUGCCCGACCCACCAAGCUAGACUCGAACGGCCAGUCCCCGUUUCAUCUGGCAGCCUCCAAAGGCCUGACAGAAUGUCUGACUAUACUACUUGCAAAUGGGGCUGACGUCAACAGCAAGAAUGAGGAUGGGAGCACCGCCCUGCACUCGGCCACCAUUUCCUGCCAGCCACAAUGUGUCAAGGUCCUGCUGCAGCAUGGUGCCAAUGAAGAUGCUGUAGAUGUGGAAAAUCGUAGUCCACUGCACUGGGCAGCCUUCUCUGGCUGUGCCUCAAGCGUGCUCCUCCUGUGUGAUCACGAAGCCUUCCUGGAUGUCCUGGAUAACGAUGGACGUACACCCCUGAUGAUUGCAUCGCUGGGUGGUCACGCAGCUAUCUGCUCACAGCUACUGCAGAGAGGCGCCCGGGUUAAUGUCACUGACAAGAAUGACAAAUCGGCUCUGAUCCUGGCCUGUGAAAAAGGCAGCACUGAGGUGGCUGAACUGCUCCUGAGCUAUGGAGCAGAUGCAGGGGCGGUGGACAGCACGGGGCAUGAUGCUUUGCAUUAUGCUCUACGCACACAAGACAAGAUACUGUGGAGGCUGCUGCGGCAGGCCCUGAACCGGCAGGGGCGGGGAGGUCAGGGGUUAGUUCAACAUCCAGAUCUUGCAUCCCAGGCCUCUCCAUCUGAGCCUCAGGUGGGUUCUCCAUGGAGAGCGGAGCCUGAGGAGGAGCAGGAGGAAGAAGAGGAUGAAGAUCCAUGUUCAGAGGAGUGGAAGUGGAAGUAUGAAGAGGAGCACAGGAAAGUUUCCCAGUUGGAGCAGGAGCUGCUGCGAAAUACGGAAGAGUGUAAGGCUCAAUCUGCAGCUUAUUUGGGCCUGGAGAACCAGAUUCAAGAACAGGUUCAGGAGCUGGGGCUCCUCCUAUCGCAAGAGCCCGGAGCUCCAGGAGACCAGGGCUCUAGUCUCCGGCCUGGAGGAGAUGGCAUGGAGCAGGGUCGUACCCUCGACCUGCUGGCUAAGUGCAUACAAGAGCUAAAGAAGCAGCAACAGGCAGCAGCCGCAGCUGCAGCAAAGCCAGUAGUAGCUUCCAAGAGGGCUGAGCAUUCAGCUGGAGGGGUGAUCCAGUAUGAAGCCCAUGGAAGGUCCCAACCAGAAGAACAGGAGCCACCCCAGAGCCCAAGGUCUGAGACCACUGGGAAAUCCACAGGACAGCAACCGACCACCAAUGGUGGGCAGGCCCUUGGCCCUGAUCAUACUGACCAGCUGCAUGCUGGCCAGAAGGUGAGGCCCCAGGCCCCAGGGGCUGAACCAACAGGCACAGUGGCUGAACCAGUGCGCACAGCAGCCAUGAACCAGCUCCUGCUACAGCUGAGGGAGGAGCUGGCUGCCGUGUGGCGAGAAAAGGAUGCAGCCCGGGGGGCUUUAUCAAGACCAGACCCGGAGGGAGCUCUGGGGACUUCCCGGGCUGAGGCCGCAGCAGCAGCCUGGGAGAAGAUGGAGGCCAGGCUGGAGCGGGUGCUGGUGAGGCUGGAUUGGGCAAAAGCAGGAUUACAGAUGAAACCUGAGGCCCCUGCCCAGGAGCCCAGAGAGGGAGCCCCAAAGGCAGGCCCAGGGGCCAUCACCAAAGAGGGUGAAGGGAAGGAGGAAGGGGCUCCUGGGGCCUGGGGAGAGCCUCUAGGGGCCCCUGGAGGGGAACAGAUGCCAGGAGGGGGCCUGGCGGAGGGACAGCUGGAGAAGGAGGUGUCAGCACUGAGGCUGAGCAACAGUAAUUUGCUGGAGGAGUUGGGGGAGCUGGGCCGGGAGCGGCGGCGGUUGCAGGGGGAGCUGCCGUCCCUGAGCCAGCGGCUACAGCGGGAGUGCGUGCCCAAGCCAGAGGCGCAGGUCCGGCUACAGCGGGAGUGCGUGCCCAAGCCAGAGGCGCAGGUCCAGCUACAGCAGUUGUGGUGGAGCGUGGGGCUGCUGACAGAUGAACUGGCCCUGGAGAAGGAGGCCACCGAGAAGUUGCGGAAGCGCCUGGCCUCCCAGAGCAGAGGCCUCCGGGGACUGUGGGACUGCCUGCCCCCGGACCUGGUGGGCAGGGGGAGUGCACGGUGCCCAGCAGCUGAGCCCCUGGAGGAGCUGCAGGCCUGCGUCAGCGCCCUGGUGGCCAGGCACCGCGAGGCCCAGCAGGUGCUGGCUCGGCUAGAAGAGGAAAACCAGCAGCUGCGGGGCUCCCCUGCCCAACGUGGGGAACCGGGCACCUCCUCAGAGGCCUCAGCGUCCCUCCAAGUUGAAGCUCUGGAGCAAGACCUGGGGAAGCUGGAGGAAGAGCUGCGGGCGGUUCAGGCCACGAUGAGCGGGAAGAGCCAGGAGAUCGGGAAGCUGAAGCAGCUGCUCUACCAAGCCACGGAGGAGGUGGCUGAGCUCAGGGCCCGGGAGGCGGCCAGUCUGCGGCAGCACGAGAAAACUCGGGGCUCACUGGUGGCCCAGGCCCAGGCUUGGGGCCGGGAGCUAAAGGCCCUGCUGGAAAAGUAUAACACGGCCUGCCGGGAGAUGGGUCGGCUGCGGGAGACGGUGGCCGAGGAGCGGCGCAGGAGCGGGGACCUGGCCGCGCGCGCGGCGGAGCAGGAGCGCCAGGCCAGCGAGCUGCGCUUGCGCUCCGAGCAGUUGGAGAAAACGGCGGAGCUGCUGAAAGAGAAGGUGGAGCAUCUCAUCGGGGCCGGCCGGGACAAGGAGGCCAAGAUCAAGGAAUUGUUGAAGAAGUUGGAGCAGCUUUCAGAGGAGAUUCUAGCAGUUCGGGGAGAAAAUGCUCACCUUGCCCGACAGCUGCAAGAUUCCCAGAAGAACCACGAAGAGAUCAUCUCCACCUAUAGGAAUCAUCUGCUGAAUGCUGCUCAGGGCUACAUGGAACAGGGUGUGUACAAUAUCCUACUGCGAAUCCUCAGCAUCCAGGAGGAGUGAGGCAUCCUGUGCCCUGAAAAACAUGGGAUCUCUCUGUUGGAAUAGAGCAUCCCUGGUUGCCAGAGCCUCCAACGGGCUGUGGUGGGUGGUGGGUUGGCCACUAUGGGUGUGUGGGUGGGGCUUCACCUGACGUUAUGGACCACAGACCUGAGAACCUGAACCCUGGAAUCAGCAUGCAUGAGAUCAGAGGAGGUGUGCAUGGAAGCCAGCUCUGUGGAGAAUAAAGCAGGAGGCAGGAUGAUGUUGGGUGUCAUUGUCUUUACUGCCUAAAGGGGCAUGGGGGAAGGAAUCUUUUUCAUUCCUUUUUGAUCACAAAUGGCCCCAUAAGUUAGCUGCUUUCAAACUUUGAUUAUGAUCCAUAGUAACAAAUACAUUUUACAUCCUGUGUGUACAUACCUGAAAUAAUAUUUACCCUUACUAUUUCUAUUCUGUUCUAUAUUCCGUCAAAAAAUAUUGGUUACAAUACAUCCACUAAUGGGUCAAGACCCAGUUUGAAAAACAGCAUUCUCACAGUUUGAAAAACAGCCCUCUGUAAAAAUGGAGAUUGACAUUCUUCCUUUCUCUUUCUCAAAUCUGCUUCUUACUGACUGACACACCUCUAAUCUUUUUCUCUACCUUGGGACUCCUCAGUCCACUAUCUUUUUUAAGAAGGAUAGAUGUAGAGUCCUAGAUUUUCUUCAAGAUGUACAAUCUAAAAUAUUCUAUCAUGUGUUAAACCAUGUGUCUAGAUUUGAGGUGCAUGGUCUUAUGUAGUCAGUGUUCUUUGCCCCAGGUGCAAAGAGGGAUGAAAAGUCUGAUUCCUGGAAGAGGGAAGAAGGGAUACUCAGCUUUGGCUUCUUCCCCCCAGUUCUGUUCUCAGGCUGAAAAAAUGUAUCUCUUUGGGCCACUUCCCCUGGGUCUCCUCCCCUUCCUGCCCCUCCACCAGCCAGACUGCUAGGUGAGAGUGAGGCAAGUGAGUUCCUCCAAAAUCUGGAAUUGCAGUUUGGUGGCCGCCACACUGAUCCCUCCCAGUUCCUUCUCGCAGCCCGCCCCCUGCUGGGUUAUGCUGGGUCAGGCGGCAGCGGUUUGGCAGUAGAGACUGACUGGGCUGAGAGAAGAGUGGGGAGGGGCCGUCGUGGAAGACAGGGGGCCACUGGAGGGCUGCAGAGCCUCGCUCCAGGGUCUGGCCAGGAAAAGAGCAGCUAUGUAGAUUAGGUCCUAAAGAAGAUGAGGGUCAGCUUCGGGGUUUAUGUGGAUGGGCACAAGACUGCUUUAAGGUUGGGAGAAUGAAGAGAGGAGGAAUUGAUGGGGAAAAAGAAGGGUGCAGCUGCCAGCAGAGCAUCAAAAUGUCCAAGUCAUUUCUAUUAAGGGGAACAGAACCUCUCUUUUCCUUUCUACCCUUAGAGUUACCAAAGAAUAGAAAAGGACUGUUACAUUCCUUAUUAUAUAUGCAGUGUGGGGUGGGAAGAAUGAAGAAACUGCUGAGAGAAGGGUCCAGAGAGGGGGAGAUCAUUUUGCUAAGUUCAAGUAUGAGUCAGGAAACAGCUCUGGUAAUGGAAGCCAGGCCCUUGGCUUCCUCUGGAGCUCCUGGAAGCUGAUCCCAGGAUGGCUGAGCUGUGGGAAUGGUCAGUGAUGUUAAUGAUAACACAGAAGUGGAGCCUUCUCCAGCCCCUGGUCUUCCUAAACAAUCUCCCUCUAUACAGCCCCAUAAACUGUUACCCCAACACCCCCAAGCCCUGAAAUUUUCCUUGAUUUCAUAAAUAAAUCUUUCUUUCUC